GAUAAUUUCCUUUAGUUCAAUCCGUCAAUAUUUUGGUUAUUCCUGAUUUGGGUUUUCGUCAAACUCCGAGAGCAUUUGGUCUUCAACGAAUACAAGAGGAACGUUUUGCAGAAGAACAAAAGCCCUAAUUUACAUUUGUCGAUAAUCGAAAAUGGUUGUAGGAUAGGAUUUACAGUAAAACUACUACAAAAGUAGAAAUGGAAUUGGCAGACAGGGCAGUUGGGUUCAUUUUAGCAAGCAUCAGUGUGACUGUUUUCACGUAUUACUCCUUUUGGGUGAUUGUACUGCCUUUUGUAGACUCGGAUCACUUUGUACACAGUUACUUCUUACCCCAAGAGUAUGCAAUCCUGCUACCUGUUUAUGCUGGUGUCUCUCUCAUUUGCUUCUUAUCUGUCUUUAUUGGAUAUGUCAUGCUUAAAUCCAACUCCAAGAAGAAGAAAGCCUAGUUCAAGUUUUGCGAUCUAGUCUUAUUUUUCUAGUUUUGCAGAGGAAAUAUGACAUGUUUUGGAAAAAUAUAAAUAUAUGUGUGAUCUCACUAAAUACUAACUGUAAUUUCUAUUCAUUUCUUUAGACGACGCAUUCACUUUGCCAAAAGCAUUUCAGUUUUAAUUUGAAAUUCAAAGUUAUAACA